GUAGAGCGGGUUGCCGGGAAGGCGGAAGUGCUGGGGCUUCCGGUCGGCGUGAGUCCCGUGCGGUGUCUGAGUUCCUGGGUUUUCUCAGCUUUCCAGGUAAAAUAUGGCUAAAAGUUUACGGAGUAAGUGGAAAAGGAAGAUGCGUGCUGAAAAGAGAAAAAAGAAUGCCCCAAAGGAGCUCAGCAGACUUAGAAGUAUUCUUAAAGUAGAUGGUGAUGUUUUAAUGAAAGAUGUUCAAGAGAUAGCAACUGUGGUGGAACCCAAACAUUGUCAAGAGAAAACGCAAUGUGUGGUGAAAGAUGAAACAGAUGACAUGAAAAUGGAGACUGAUAUUAAGAGAAACAAAAAGACUCUUCUAGACCAGCAUGGGCAGUACCCCAUAUGGAUGAACCAGAGGCAAAGAAAAAGGCUGAAAGCAAAGCGAGAGAAAAAGAAAGGAAAAAGCAAAGCAAAAGCCAUCAAGGCAGCGAAGGGUUUGGCCUGGUAGACCCUUAAAAACUUGAAAAAUCCCGCAUGGGACAGGUCUUUGAUUAGCAUGUAUACAUUGAUUUCAGCUUCCACCAAAUGGAAACUUUGUUUCCAUUUUUUAACUUGGCCUUUUUCUUCAAUUCAAGCCCAACGUAACUUCUCAAAUUUGUCUUGGUAACUUGAAUAAAAUAUUUUCUUUGAUGAAUGAAAGCUACACUGAUAUUUUAAUUGAAUGCUCUCCAAUAUGCAGGGAUUAUCAGACAUCAGAAUUCUCUCGAGUAUUAAUGCGGUUGUAAUCAUUCAGUCUUAGGAAAGAUGAAACAUAAUAUUAUAAUGACAAAUUUGAGCUAACUCAUAUUUAAAGUAAAUUAUAUAUCAUGUGAAAAUAUGUCAGUGGAUCGUAUAAGCAGUACUUGUUUGGAGUUUUGAUUUUGUAUAAUUCAGAAUAAAAGAUACUCUGUCUAGAUC